ACCCGGAAGAAUUGCCUUUCUCCGAUUAUCGUUUGAAUAGACAAGAAUGAGCGAUUUAUCCGCCGAAGAAACGAUUAAACGCGACGCUGCGAACGUCGUGCGGCCUGUGAGAGUCGUUUUUGUGUCCUAAUGUUCGGAUCCGGAGCCGGAGGCGGUCGACUGUGAGCAGCAACGCCCUGAUGCCCGCCGACCCGUCGGAGAAAAAGAGCUCCGUGUUUACAAAUCGGCCGGAGGAGAGCGUUUCCCCGCAGUGAGUCGUUAGCUAACCGUGUGCGCGUUUUUUUGUUUUCAGACGCAGAAAUAACAUGGCUGAACUGCAUGUCGUGGAGCCGAGCGGCACCGGCACCAUAGAGCAGCCGGAGCACCGCGACGUCCGGGGCUCGGUGCGCCUGGCGUCGCCCACUCUGAUGGUGCCGCCGCGGGGCAGCCAGCUCAGCCCCGGCGGGGUGUCCGGCGGCAGCGGCGGCGGAGGAGGACGCUCCGUGUUCGGGUUCCCCGUGAAGAGCAACCCGAGCUCCCCGUCCGAGCCGGCGGACAAACCGGGCUCCCGCUGGGUCCGUCUGAACGUCGGGGGGACCUACUUCAUCACGACCAAACAGACGCUGUGCCGGGACCCCAAAUCCUUCCUGUUCAGGCUUUGCCAAGAAGACCCCGACCUGGACUCCGACAAAGACGAGACAGGAGCCUACCUGAUCGACAGGGACCCCACGUACUUCGGCCCCAUCCUGAACUACCUUCGACACGGAAAACUGAUCAUGGAUAAAAACCUGGCCGAGGAAGGCGUUCUCGAGGAAGCCGAGUUCUACAACAUUGCGUCUCUGGUGCGGCUGGUCAAAGAGAGGAUACGGGACAACGAGAACCGAACAUCUCAGGGUCCUGUGAAGCACGUGUAUCGAGUCCUGCAGUGCCAAGAGGAGGAGCUCACACAGAUGGUCUCAACCAUGUCGGACGGCUGGAAGUUUGAGCAGCUUAUAAGCAUCGGCUCCUCUUAUAACUACGGAAACGAGGAUCAGGCCGAGUUUCUAUGUGUCGUUUCCCGGGAACUCAACAACUCCACCAACGGCAUCGUCAUCGAGCCCACCGAGAAGGCCAAGAUCCUUCAGGAGCGAGGCUCGCGGAUGUGAAGAGACCCGGAUCCUGAGCUGAAACAACACUUUAUCAACAAAACAAUAACACGAACAUUUCCUCCAGUUUUCAUCAAGAUCCAUGAGUUUACCUCCCUCCUCUACCUUUCUGCCAUCACCGCCUUCAUCCUCCUCCUCCUCCUCCUCCUCCUCCUCCUCCUCCUCCUCCGGUGGUGUGCCU